UCGUCAACAAAGGGGCAUAACACCCCAUAGUAAAACAAUCCCCUUAAAAUUUAUUUUCAAGUGCUAAGGACAGGUCAGAUUUGCAUGAAUGUAUUUUUCUUAUUUAUUCACAGAUACUAAUACAUGAAAAACCUGCGCAUGCGCAAAACGUACAUUUCGCUCAAAGCUAUCUCACUUUGAUUUAGGGAUGGCAAUUAAAAUCAUUUGAUUGCAUAAAUCGAUUAUGUCGCAACGAUUUAAUUGAAUCCAACGAUUAUUUUUCUUAUCUCAAUUAAUCGAUUAAUCGAUUUAUUUUGCUUAGGAUAAUCGAAAAAUAUACACGGUUCAAAACAACAGUAAAAAGUAUUAUUCUCUUUACGUGUGGCUAGGCUAAAAAUAAAUAUCAACGUAAACGGAACCAUAUAGCAACUAUACUAAAUAAUUAGGGUACAACCCUGUUAUAAGUGGACACCCUUCGUGAAAAUUAACGUACGCAUUUGGAGUUUACUAAAGAGUUAAAAUAUUCUACCAUGGCACCGCCGAAAAGCAUUGCAUGGAAUCAUUUUGAUAAGCGAGGAAAUAGUUUGGCAAAAUGCAAGUAUUGUGCAAAAAUAAUUAAUACAUCAAAUAACACCACGAAUAUGAUGCAACAUUUGAAGCUAAAGCAUGCCUUAGAAAUUUCGAAGUCCGAGAAAAAUUGCGACAAAAUAAUUUUCAUUGAGGAAGGCGCAUCUACGUCAUCUGCUGCAUCUAUCAGCAAGGAAUCCAGUGGCAAAGAACUUGCGUCAAAAAUGUGUUCUGGUGUUAAAUUUCAAAGGUCUCGCCAGCCAAGUUUGUUAGACGUUAUGUCAAACGUAACAGAUUACAAAGAAGGAGGCGAAAAGCACUCAAAAUUAACUUUGUCAAUAGCGAAGAUGGUAGUUAUUGACAACUUACCUUUCCGCUUUGUUGAAGGAGUGGGCUUAAAAAAAUUUGUAAAGAAUAAUUUUCCUCUCUACAAAAUUCCAACGAGAAAUACAAUCAAAUCGCAUAUUGAUAAUCUGUUUGAGGAAGAAAAUACUAAAUUUAAGGCAUUUAUAAAAGACUGCAAUCAUAUCUGUUUAACAACUGAAUAUGGACAGAUACUCAAAUGA